AUGAAUUCGAAAUUAUCGGCCGAAGACGAAGUCGAGGGUGAAGUUUUAUUUUUACCACAGUGUCCAAAACCCGUUGACAUAGAUGAUGGAAUUCAAAGAGAUAUAAAAAUAACACAAGAAAUAUUUGGAGUGAUAACUCAAUAUGGUAACGAUUUCGAAGUCAUGAGAUUUACACUUAAGAACACAUUACCCAAUGGUAUAAAAGUUCAAGUUAUGUCUUUAGGAGCUGCUUUGGUCGGUGUCAUUGCUCCCGAUCGAAAAGGAGUGUAUAAAGAUGUCGUUUUGGGAUUCGAUUCCGUCAACAUUUAUUAUUCCCCGUUAAAUCCGGGAUUUGGAAGAGUCACGUCUCUAUGUCCUCUUCCCUACAAUCUCGAAAAGGUUGUUUGGGAUUGGGAUUUCGAUAGGGAUGAAGGUUCCGUCACGUUCAGUACAAAUUUUUACAGGAUAGAUUUAAUAUUAAGCGUAAAAUAUUCAUUAAACGUUUGCAACGAAAUAAUAGUGGAUUUGCAAGCUUGCGGUUCGAAAAUUGUACCCAUAAGUUUAACGAGUCAAGUUUAUUGGAACAUGGCGGGUCAUUCGAAGGGUGAAAAAGAAUUACGUAAACACGUUCUAUCGAUUAAUUCCGACACGAUAUGGAAACAUUAUAAUCACAAGUUGAAAAAUUUUUAUCCAAUACACGAAACGGUUUUGGAUUUUCGACAACCGACAUUCAUGGACAACCCAGAAAUAUUCGGGAGUAAAAAAUUCGAACACGUUUUCGUGUUGACAAAAGGAUGCGAAGAAAGAGUCGGAUUCGCCGUACGUUUGAUACAUCCAAGAACUUGCAGAUACGUUGAAAUAUUCACGGAUCAACCUUGGAUACUUUGCAACACGAAAGAUUGGGAUCUUAAGGUAUGCGACGAUGAAGAAGAUGAUUUUGAUUAUGGUGAAUGUAGCGAAGAUGAAUCGGAUAUAGAUCCCUGUGCGACGGAACAAGUUGACGAAUUCCAGGACGAAUUGGAUGAAAUUCCGGGAAAGGGAAAAGCAUUGUAUAGAAAAUUCGGUUCUUUUUGCGUGACGCCUCUGAGUGAUCUCUCCGGUUACGAUCCUAUACUUCGGGCCGGUAAACAUUAUUCACACAGGAUAAUUUACAAGGUGAAUAUGCCGGAGGUCAGGUUGACGACAUAA